AUGGCGACCGCCAUCCCUUCCAUAGCAUGCAUAGGCAUCAUCGGCCGCAACAACAACCCCCUCCACAUCCAAAUCUUUCCCUCCCACAACCCUUCAACAAACACUUUCGCGCCGAUCCGCACGCCGCUGCAAUUCUCCCUCCUCCUCUCCUCGACCCUAGACAUCUUUGAGCUCCGCCACGGCAGUAACAACAAUGCCUCUGGUGGUGGUGCUGCUGCCGCGGCGCCAGGGUCCACGGGGACAGGUCUGUCCGGCGAAGUAGGCCUCCUCCACGCCGUGGACGAGCGGCUGGCCGCGUACGGGUGGGAAACCAACACGGGCGUCAAGAUUGUCGUUGUCGUCGACAUGCGCGGGCGGAGGGUCGCCGGUGGGACACCGGGUGCUGGCGCAGAAACUACUGGUGCUGGCAAGGGCCGCGGCGCCGUUGGGUUGCGGGAGCAGGAGUUGAGGGUCGUGUUUAGGGCUGUGCAGAGCGCGUAUGUGCGGUUGUUGCAGAAUCCGUUUUACGAGCCUGAUGAGCAUUCGCCUGUCAGCGGGCGUGGGGGGCGGGUGAUUAAGAGUCGCAAGUUUGAGGGGGAGGUGAGGAGGAUUGGGGAGGGGUGGACGCCUGGUGUUACGAAUCUCUGA